AGAAAGAACACCAAAAUGCCACCAGUCAGUAAGCCCAACAAGAACAAGCGGUGGACGUGCUUACAAUGCAAUAGAUCCUACAGUCGCAAACAUGACUUGGAGCGCCAUGCAGAUAUUGCCCACACAGUGACAGAGGACAAACCCUUUAGAUGUGAACAGUGCAAGUUUGUUUUUGAUUCCAAAGACAAUCUGAGAACUCAUGAAAAUGAACACAAAAAGGAGGAAACCAAAUUGAAGUGUGAAAUUUGUGAUAAGGGAUUCAAAUCUCAAAACACUUGGAAAAGACACAUAAGGGCUCAUUUUGACCCCCUCCCUUUUGCCUGCAAAGUAUGCAAACGUAGAUUUGGACGAGAGCAUGAUAUGCAUAGACACACUCUUAGAAUGCACUCUGGGGAGAGGCAAUACCAGUGUGACCUUUGCCCUUCUAAAUUUGCAUGGUUCAGUGAUUUAACCAUUCACAAGCGUCGACACAAUGUCAUGAGAAAGUACAGGAAAAGCAACAAAUUAAGCACAAGGAAAGCUCUGCCUAGAAAAUCAAAAAAGAAAAAACCCAGUAAAAGUGAGGAAAAAUCCCCUGAUGAAGGUUCACAUGUUUGUAAAAUUUGUAGUCAAUCAUUUACAACAUUUUCUGCUCAACAGCUUCAUACAUGUGAUGUUCCAAUAUCUUCGGAGGAGGAAGAGGGCAAUUUGCAGGAUGACGCAAUCUGUGAUCCAAAUGAAAACAAUUUCAGGAGAAAGUUUGAGAGAGCUGCUGCCCUAGAGGCCCACUCUUACCAGUCAAAGCCUUAUCCUGAGAAUUCUGAUAGUAAGGCUGAGGAUUCAAACAUGCCACUGGACCUGAACAAUUUGGAAGGAACAAAUUCUUUGCACAAUGAUGUUGAUGAGUUUUCAGAAUCAAUGACUCUACUGAAAGAUCAGCGUUUCAGGGCUGAAAGUGAAAAUGAAAAUUCACCAGAAACUUCAAAUUUAUAUAAAGGUGCUCUGAUAGAUGACACUGAUAAGGAACCACUGGUGAAUAGUUAUACCAGAAAUUGUGCCAUAAAUGAGGGAUCAGAUGAGGAGUUACAAACUGGUUCUAAGCCUCAUGAGCAGGCCCAUGAUGAAGAAGAUGAUGAUUUACAUACAGAUUUUAAGGAAAAAGAGCAUGCAGGUCAAGAAAUCAGUCAACCUUCAAACAGUGAGAAUUCCAGUGCAAAUAUAAAUGAAAGAGAAAGAAGAUUCAGUGACGGUUUCAAGUGUAAACUUUGCCUGAAAGUAUUCCCCAAGUUCUCAUCACUCCAGCUUCACUUAUGUGAAGAGAAUCUGGAGGAGGUCAACAUAAUAGAAAACUCCCCUAAAGAUCCUACAAUAAAAGCCAAAAAAAUUCUGUCCAGAUCAAAGGACCCUAACAUUCAGAAAACAAGUUCCAAAAGCCCUUUAGAAUCUGGGAGGAAUUGUGUGAAAUCUGUCUUUAUGAAAGGUCAGCAGAAUAGUUCCACUUGCACAGAAUUCAUCUUUUGUGGGGAAUGUCAUCAGACAUUUUCAAAGAUAUCCAAAUUAAAGAAGCACUCAUUAGAAAAACAUAACAAACCUCUCAUUCUUUCUUGUUUGGUUUGUCAAAAAGAGUUCAGGACCAAAAGCAAGCUGGAGCGCCACUUUGCUUCUCAUGAGAGCUCGGUGACUCAUUCCUGUGAGGAUUGUGGAAAGACAUUUAAAUACAAGCGAGACAUGGAGAGGCACCAGGACCAGCACACUGAGGAGAAAAAAACUAAGCUCAAGUGCAACUUUUGUCCGAGAGAGUUUUACCGCAAACAUGACUUGGACAGACAUGUUGAAAAUAUACAUCCUGCAAAAGCUCCAUACAGAUGCGAGCUGUGUCUUGCCGGAUUUGGUUCCGCGGAACAACUGGAAAAACACCUACCAGAGCACGCUGCGACCCAUCCUCACAUUUGCUGGGAGUGUCAGAGGGGAUUCAGAACUGUACAGAACCUGAAGCGCCAUCUGGUUCUACAUUCAGAUGAACGUCCAUUCUCCUGCCCCGUGUGCAAGAGAGGAUUCAACCGAAAAUACGACAUGUUUCAACACAUGCGCAUUCACCGUACAGAGAGGGUUGAAUGUAAGCUUUGUGACAGGAAGUUUGUGUCGGGUGACGGGCUACGGAAACAUGUCAGAAAAAAGCAUUCUUGAUUGUACUUAAUUUGUUUGGAACAAAUCUUCAAAUUCAAUUUGACAAAUGUAUUGUGGUGAACUGCUGGCAUUAAGAAGUGAAAAUGUAUUAUAAUACAUGAAUUAUUUAGCAAAUGUUUAUUGUCAGUAAUAUUUCACACUGUACCAUCUCAGUAAAAACUAACUAAACAAUAUUGAUACAUA